AUGAGACCGUCCAUCGCACUCCUUCUGUGUGCGGGGUGCGCCGUCGUCCUCACGUGCGUUUUUUUUCCUCACAAUUUCCUUCUCGAAGCGCUCCGCGUGUAGAAGUUACCGCAAAAGGCUUUCCGCCUCCAGCUGUGACUUUUUUGAGCUUCUCGCGGUCACAUCUGUCUGAUGAUGCCGUCAAAAGUAAAACGGCUUUGCAGCUCUCAUCUUAGUUAUCAAUUUCAUUCGUCGAAAAUUGCAGUCAAACUUGCAAUGAUCUGUCCUGUAUGGACAAGUCAGUGCUCAUCGAGCAUUUGGAGCAACUUCGCGAAGAGAAUGACAUGCUGCGACGAAUUUCGGGCAGCGGACCUGUGAGCCUUGCAAAGGAAACCAAGAAACCGAGCCGAUCGAUUGAUUCUACGCGCAACACUGAGAAGAAGCGCUACGGUACUUCUAUAAGUUUUUAUUUCAAAUUCUUAUCCUCAAGUUUCGGAAAAGUUACUGGCAAAAAAAGAUAUUCAUAUAAGGAAGAUUCUAAGUUUGAAAAAAAUGAAAAUGCAAAACGGGUUAUAGUAUAGAAAAAAAGGGAGCAAUGCUGUGAGAACAAAGGAAAGUAAACAUGGUACAGCUUUCUUAACAAUAUUAAAACCAAAGGGACGUGAAAUUCCGCGAUGCCAGGUUUCGGCGGGUCAAAAUUCGUUUAUACCUCUGCGCUUCUUUCGAGCCUGUGCCUGGUGCGCUGGGAAAGGGAGACAAAAGAACUCUGCGCGCCUUUUUGGGUUCAAACGGCUAGAUUGAAGUUUCGAAUCAAGAACGCCCAACUACCGCGGAUAAGAAUUUGAAGCGUUUAUUCCAAAAGGAGCUCAUUUUACUCAGAUGAAUGAUAGAGUUAGGAAAAAGUAGAUAAUUUGGAAACGCAUAAAUUUUACUUUUUGAUAAUGAUAUUUUUCGAAGAGCGAAGAAAGAAGAAUCUAUAGUUUAUGAGAGAUUACAAUCUCACGAAGCGGAAUAAUAGCCGAGGAACGAACUUUUCGAAACGCGUUGUUUUGAAAACUUUUUCUUGGAAAAUUUCUCACGAGAAUUUUGAGAAAGUUGAGAUAAGAAAAAAGAUGCUUUUGUUGAAAUGUCGGCGUCAAAUAUCUACUUCAUUGAUGAGUUAUUAACAUUCAAGAAUAAGUUCUCACGUUUUUUCUGCAUGGUUUGAGCGGCGAUCUCUCGAUUUUCCAAUGAGUUUUUUUUUUGGAUUUCAAAUUUCCUUACCAAAAGGACGUAAUAUAAAAUGUACAUUUCAGAUACUUUCUGAGCCAGUCGGUCACUGUAGAGUUCUGUCAGAACAAAGUAUCAUGCCUUUUUUAAACGUUUCUCAAAAACUGUAUCAGGUCAAUUUUAACAAGUGCAGUUCAUCUUCAGCCCUUAAAUAUCUGUCAAGAAAGGCACCCAGAAAAAUGAGUCUACCGUAGUCUCCUAUAUGCACGUGUCUCGACCAAGGUCUUUGACUUCGAGAUUUUUUUCCGACUGUACUUCCUGACGUUUUGUUUUCUUAUUUCUUAUGCUUUCUUCUCAUUGUCCCACGUACUUUUUCCUGAACUCUUUUGAGUCAUUUAUCGAUGAGAACAAAAAAAACGAAUGUUAAUGGUGGUUGAAAUAAUUUUUUGAAUAGUACUUUUUCGAUUUUUAAAAAUGUAUUAGCAAAAAAAAAUUCAUCAUUAAUUAUCAAGUUCCAUCAGCCAGGUUGAAAAUCUUUCUCCAACAACCAUUCAAAGGAUAUUAACUUUUUGAUUUUUCUUUGAAUUUCAGUGCUCUCAUUAGAAUAGAAAAACUUCUUGUGCCAGUUCAUAGAAAAAAAGUUAAGGUUUAUAGAAUUAUUUUUUUGCGAAAAAAAUUGAGUACUUUUCCGCUAUUCGGAAACUAAGAAAUUUUGUAACAAACCUUGUGAAUAAAUGCAGAAAAAGAACAAAAAAUUCUGCGGAUCUUAAAUUUUUGCGAGGAAUUGUGUUAGUCGAUUUCUCGUUGAUUCCAGCUGAAACCUCCACGACGCUCAAUCCGAGUACUGGUACUCCGCUCUACAACCCCGGCACAACAUCCUCCCCAGCGCCAACCUGUUCGAUCUGCGCUUCUCAGCCCUGCCUAAACGGCGGCACCUGCUACGUUGACGUACUAGCGCCGUGGACAAACUACACGUUGGAAACUUCUUUUACGAAACUUCCAGUUUUUCAAAUUGCCACAGGUGUCAGUGCCCAUCCAACAGGAAUGGAAAGAACUGCGAAAAUUUGCUCUCUUGCUCACCUUUUCCUUGCGGUGUCAACGCCGACUGUGCGGUUGGCAAUAAUCAACUAAUGUGCGUUUGUCGCCCUGGCUACUCAGGUAUGGAUAUUAUUAAACUUUCAAGCUCACUUUAGCUUGUUUUUCACAAAAUAAAAGGCAUAAUUGGUUCAUGCUCUCAAAAUACGACGUUAGAGAGUUUAUGGAAAAAGAUAAGGCUGAUAAUGAACUUUGCUUCUUUGCGUGAAUUUUUAUUUGCCAAGUUAAACGGUAAUCCUUUUGUAAACGGGGUUCAACAAAACAAAUUUUAUCAAAUUGUUCCUCAGGCAAAACUCCAUUCCAGCACUAUAAUUUAUCAAACUUGACUCGUUUAGGUGAAUAAUUUUAUUGCUUUGUUCGUGUAGUUUGUAUUUUCCGAUUUUCAGUGUUAGAAACCAAAUAUUUUAAUAGGAAACCCUUACGAAGGAUGCAGACAGUCCACGAAACAAGCUUGCGUCAAUGCCGACCCUUCCAUCCUCACAUUUGACCACAUGUGGGUUCGAUAUCAAGGUUUUGACUACAUUUGGAAGCCACAAUAAUUCAACUAUUUGAGGCACCUGUCCCAUCGUUUUCUCGAAGCCAUGCACUAGCUUGUCUAACGGAUAUGAAAACUACGAAGUUCGGAUCAGAAAUCAACUCACAAGUGCCUAUUCGUGAAUUUAUCAUUUUUCUGUGAGAGAUAAUCAAGUGUUUCAGGAGAGCUUCCUACGUCGUUGAGGUGGAAGUCGACUUCUACGGACAAACCGUGCAUUUGGACUCACGGUCUAUGAAAGUCUACUUCAACGGUUUCGAAAUUUCAACACCGUAUUCAUGGCCAUCGAUCGAAUCAAGAAAAGUGAGAUAAGGGGAAAAGCUUUUUGGACAGUUUGGUUCAGAUCUCAAUUGCUUUUACAAGUGGAAGGUUCACAGUUCAGAACGACCAAAACAUUUUGGUGAGAUUCGGGUUCAACGAUUUAUGCUUAGAAGUGAGUUGCUUAUCUCGAACCUUUUCUAACUGAUCAAUCAUAGGUUCCCAACAACGCGAGUUUCACUGGAGCUAAUACGCUCUGUGGACCAGCUGGAAACAUUGAUGGAACUACAUCGGACGACAUCAAAUUCAUGUUAAUCAAAAAAAAAAAUAGUUUUUUCAAAUUUUUUGAUUAAGCAACGGUACAACUGCGAUAUCUUCUCAAUUUGUCUAUGCCAUCGAUACCUGGGCCACAGCGAACUUUGCACCGGUGUUUCCUUACCCAGGUGCCUGUGUUCUCGGAAAAACGCUAGUCAACGGAAACACGACUAACUGCGUAAGUUGUUCUUCACUUUUUUUUCCAUUUCACUUUUUUUUUCAGAAUGUCAAUCAGACCGCUCAAAUUUGCGCGCCAAUUCAGGAUGCUGCGAAAGGACUGGGAAUGUUCGGCAUGUGUCAAGGCUUGCCCUACGACGAGAUCAUGGUCCGUUCGAGAGCCUUACUAACAGAUUAUCAUUAGGCUUUGAAAAGUUGAGAGAGAUUAGGAACUCCAGGUGGAUCCCUAUAGGGGCCUUCGGAGGGUCCCUCUAGGGACUACUUCAACAAUCCCUAUAGGGGUGACUAAAGCUUGCAAAAGGGUUUUAGUUAGUGGCCCCUAUAGGGGACAUUCUAGUCGAUGAUUUUAUGAAAUCUAUGUGAAGAAGCGUCUUCAUGCGGGAAACUGAACAAUUAUCCUUCUUUGAAUAAAAUUGUUAGACCCCUAUAGGGUCCACUUGAGCUUUAGGGGCUGAAUGAUCAGACCCUAAUCCCCUAGAAGGACUAUUUAGAGUUUACCCCUAUAGGAACCACUUUUUCAGCUUUUCGAGAGGCUGUUUCUUUCCUUCGCCCCUAUAGAGACCGCUCAAAAAUUCUUAAGAAUGUGAAUGAGAUUUUAAAAUACUCUCUGAUCGGCUAGAAAGUAGUUUUAUGAAAAAUCGAUAGUUCAGAAAAUAAAAGUAUAAUUUGAGCUCAUCCACGGACAGAUUUAGUCUUAUGUUCAAUCUAACUUGAAAAAGCCAAAUUUAAACACUAGCAUUUUUGAAAAUUUUCCGAUGAGCUUGUGGUUAAGAUUAGACUUUUUGAAGUCGCAGGUGAUAUGAUUUUCGAGUUUUUACUUUGAAAAAAAAAUGUUAAAGAACUACUAUACGAACUGUGUCAACGACCUUUGCAUCGACGUGAACCUGAAAUGCCAUUCAUUCGAAGAUUUCGUGUCAAAUUGUCAAUUGGAACUACCAAGUAUGUGAAUUUAGAAAUAGGAUUUUACUACGUCGAUUUUCAGAUGUUGAUGUUGGAAACUGGAGAGAUGGCGACGAAGCCAAUUGUCCUUUAACGUGCCCUUACCACAGUCAUUACUCUUCGUGCAAAUCCUCGUGUCCGUCGACUUGUGCUGACUACAGUGACCAUAACUGCGACAGAGGUAGGCAAAACACAAGAAUCUUUGGAAGAUGUAUUUUUGAGGGUUUCACGAAAAAAACGUUUUUUUUUUAGUUAGAAAUAAGUAUUUUAUGCUAUUUUUCUGGUUUUAAACCCAUUUUCCUCUCAAAAACGUUCGAAAGGCAAAAGUCCAGGUGCAAAACUGUAUUAUAGGAUGCACGGAAGGAUGCACCUGCGACCCAGGUUACGUCGUCGACACCACGGACAUCUCCAGUCUGCACUGCAUCGUCGUCGAGAACUGCGGUUGCCUUGAUGAACACGGCAGCCCGCAUAAAGGUAAAAAUCAGCUCGAGUCCUUUAAUAUAACAAUAUCUCCAGCUGAUGAACCCUGGCUCACAAACGCCUGCACAACUUGGAACGACUGCGUCAACGGAACUCAAGUCACAGAUGUUGGUUUUUACUUCCAAGCCCCAUAGAUGGUUUCUGGGUAACUUGUGACGCUGAGAGGGCGUGAAGUGUCUGCGAUAUCCACCAACCAGUCACUAUCUCUUUCAUAAUCGUGGCAGGACCCUUUUUUCGAUAGCUCAAGCAGCCAUGAAUCAGCUAUACCUUCCUUGUCUUGCUGAUACAACUGCAUUCGAUUUUUUUAAACUCAGAAGAAAAGUUUAUUAUUAGGCGCAUAAAUAGAUAAUUAAGCAGCAAAACUUUUUUGUAGAACUCUCAAGCAAUGAAGAAAGAAAACCUUCAGGUCAACGAAUGCGGACAAUAUGCGAGUUGCGGAGUGCUGGACGGAGAAAUGGCCUGCGUUUGUAGAAAUGGAUUCCAAGGCGAUGGGUAAAUCUACCUUUUUCUUGAUAUUGUGAAGUCUAGGAAGUCGUUACAUAAAAUAAAUAAAAUACACUAUUUGUAGGGUAAAGUUUUUGAACAGAAAGUAUAAAGUAUUUUUUUCAACCAAAGAUCAGAAAUUUUUUUCAAAUUUGGCCGGUCAUCAUCUUCUGCCAAUCGUUUUGAUGAUUCUAUCGCGUCUCACUAGCCUUUAAAAACUUGCUCAAAAAAUAUCUGAAAGUUUAUAUGAAGACAAAACAAAGUUGCAACCUGCUUCAGCUUCCAGUUUUUGAGAUGAUUAACUUUGAUGUUCCAAAAGUCAGACUUUCAUUUCGGAACUUUGAAAAAUCAUAGUUGAAAAAAAGCAGUUUGCGCAGGUAGCAACUCUUCGAGAUGAUCAUAUGGACCUUCAGAGAGUUUUUGAGCAAACUUGUAGAAAAUUCCAAACCGCAAAGUAAAAUGAGAUCCCUUGUGAGGGGAGAACUUUUUUGAGACGCCAGCUGGACGAAUUGACAAAAAAUUUGUGGGGUAAAAGAAACUGUGAAUGAGUCAAAAGGCUGCUUUCAUGCAUCAUCCCAAACUGUUGCAAAAAUUACUUGGUUUUUUGAAUUUUUUUUAACUUUCUGUGUAAAAGGCUUUCACUCAUAAGAUGCAAUAAAUAAAAACAUCACUUUUAUAUCUUGAAGAUAUAAUUGCUCGGAUAUUGACGAAUGCGCCGAUAGUUCCGUUUGCGGUCAAGACCAGGAUCACGGAGUUUGCGUGAACUCAAUUGGUGGGUCAAAAAACCAGAAAGAAAAAAAAAAUUGCUAGUUUUGUAGGAUCAUAUCACUGCAAUUGCAACACCUACUGGGAAGGCAGCAAUUGUCAAAGCUAUUUGCCACAGCGACACUGCGCAGAUCUUCAGAUCUUCCAUGGCCAAUUCGAAAAUGGAGUUUACGAGUAAGAAUUCUCUUCAAUCUCGAUUUUUCAAGAGAGUUUUUCAGUAUUCUUCCACCAGGAGCCAAUCAAACUUCUCGCGUUUACUGCGACUUUCAGACUGGUGGGUAUUAAUUAUUUUGAAAUUUCUGUAGAAUUUUAGUUGAAAUCAAAGAUGAGCAAUGGAUGCUCAAAAAUUCAAUCAAUAUUUGACAAGUAUUAAGCUUUUGAACGCGAAUAAAUCGACACAAAAUGGUCAGUAUAAUCUGUGUGCCACGACUUGAAAAUUCACCGAACGACAUUCCGCUGUUCCGCUCCGUGCGUUUGCGAAGCGUCUUUCGACGCUUUCAAGUGAUUGUUAUUGCUGUGGGAGCACAUGAAAGUAGAGAUCCUUAAUAAAAGAAAAAAAAUUGAAAGCGCGACCAAGGUUCGCAAAGGCGCGCAGCGGCACAGCGGAAUGUCGUUUAGUUAAAUUCCAAGCCGUGGUACACCGGUUAUAUAAAAAAUAAAUUUUGGAAAUUUUGAAAAAGAAACUUCACGACAUUUUUUUUUUUUUCAUGCUUUUAUUUUUCAUGCUUUUGGGUUGAAAAGUUUUCUUUAAGAUGGAGGAGGAUACACUCUCAUGUCUGGAGCUGUGUCGUCUGAAACUUUAAUGAGUGGAAAAUCAUUGAAUGAGUACCGACGAGGCUUUGGAGAUCCGCUCUCUCAAAGUGUGUGGAUAGGACUGGACAAUCUCCUUCAAAUCACUCAAGAACAUUCAACAAGGUUCCUUUUUGGAUUAAUACUUUUGACUAAAUGUUAUUUCAUAGUCUCAAGCUCAAUCUGCUUCAAUGCGGUCGCGGCUCUCGAGCUCCCAGAUUCACGACAUGCACGUAUCCCGUUUUUUGGCUCGACAACUCGCGAACUUAUAACGUGUGGAUCCCACAUGUAAAAAUAAUCAUUAGAAAAAAUUAAAAAUUGUUAAUAUUCUAUAGGAAUGCGUGGGCAACGAAACUGAUUAUUCGUUCUACGAUGGCUGGGUGCGAUGGAACAAGACGGAAGCCGGACCUCCAUUUUCUGCGUUCGACUCUUCGAACUCCUAUGGCUCCAAGUGCUCCAACCAAAGUCAGAACACGGGCUGGUGGUACUAUCAAGACAUCAACGACUGUGGACCAGCCGAUCUGAACGGCGUGAGUUAUUAUUAGUUGUAUACGGGUACAAGUAUUUUUUAAAUUUCUAGUUCACCCAAUUUUUUUUUGUAAAAAUACACGAUUUUAUCAAGGAGGUUGAAAUUUUGAUCAAUAAAGCAGAUACUAAGGAUAUUUAAAUUUUGAACUUCAUUCUUACACCUUCCUUAACAUAAAAAAUGUAUUAGUUGACAAAUUUUGUUAUUUUUAUUUACAUUGCAGAAUACCUCACAUAGAAAAAUAUAUACCUUGAAUGUAUCAAUGUAAAAAAAAAACGAAUAUUUGCACGGAAAAAUUCACAAAAAAUCUUGACUUUUUUCAAUUUAAUUUGCUUUUUCCAGGUACGAACAAACUGCCAGACGAUUUCGAACGGAGGACCGACGAUCAAUUCUUACUUGAAAUGGAACGACAACCCGUUGGAGCAAGUGUCGAUGUGGCUGAGGCCCCAGGAUUUCCCAGAUUACGACCCAGUUGGUCGAGCAACCACUGCGUACACGGAAUCUACGACCUCGUCUGGAACCACUCCUGGUUGGUGGGACUACUCGACAACUGGCGGGACCCAAAGAGCCACGCCAACUACUAACUGGUGGGACUACUCGACAACUGGCGGGACCCAAAGAGCCACGCCAACUACUAAUUGGUGGGACUACUCGACAACAGGCGGGACCCAAAGAGCCACGACAACUACUUAUUGGUGGGACUACUCGACAACUGACGGGACCCAAAAAGCCACGACAAACCUUGCAACUACUGACUAUCCAAACACUGCCCAGACUUUCUUCCCGCAAGACGCAACGGCCAACAAAAUCGUCCCUUCGAAACGUCUUUGGGUUCCCAUUGAACCAAAGGCAGAAGAUCUUCCUGCGGUCCUCGUCAGCUUGAUGGAACACACGUCACACCUGGAGAACUUGCGAAAAGGACACAAAAAACAGCGCAGAACUCCCGCAAAGCCAUUUGUUAAUAAAAAACAAUGA